GUCCGGUCUUCCCGCCGCGCGCGCGCUCACCUCUCUUGGCCGGAACCCCGGCUCCGGGAACCAGGAAGAGCCCGGCCGCGGGCGCGGGCUGUCGGGAUGGCGGGGUCCGGCUGGGGCCCCCCGCGGUUGGACGGCUUCAUUCUCACCGAGCGCCUGGGCAGUGGCACAUAUGCUACGGUGUACAAGGCCUACGCCAAGAAGGAUACUCGGGAGGUGGUAGCCAUAAAGUGUGUGGCCAAGAAGAGUCUGAACAAGGCAUCCGUGGAAAACCUCCUGACAGAGAUUGAGAUCCUCAAGGGCAUUCGACACCCCCACAUUGUACAGCUGAAAGACUUCCAGUGGGACAGUGACAACAUCUACCUCAUCAUGGAGUUCUGCGCAGGAGGUGACCUGUCUCGCUUCAUCCACACCCGCAGGAUUCUGCCUGAGAAGGUGGCUCGGGUCUUCAUGCAGCAGUUGGCCAGUGCCCUGCAGUUCUUACAUGAACGGAACAUCUCUCACCUGGACCUGAAGCCACAGAACAUUCUGCUGAGCUCCCUGGAGAAGCCCCACCUUAAACUGGCAGACUUUGGCUUUGCACAGCACAUGUCCCCCCGGGAUGAGAAGCACGUGCUUCGUGGCUCCCCUCUCUACAUGGCUCCCGAGAUGGUGUGUCAGCGGCAGUACGAUGCCCGUGUAGACCUCUGGUCUGUGGGGGUCAUCCUAUAUGAAGCCCUCUUCGGGCAGCCCCCCUUUGCCUCCAGGUCGUUCUCAGAGCUGGAAGAGAAGAUCCGGAGCAACCGGGUUAUUGAGCUCCCCCUGCGGCCCCAACUCUCCCAGGAUUGCCGAGAUCUGCUGCAGCGGCUUCUGGAGCGGGACCCCAGCCGCCGCAUCUCCUUCCAGGACUUCUUCGCCCACCCUUGGGUGGACCUGGAGCACAUGCCCAGUGGGGAGAGCCUGGCACGAGCAACCGCCCUGGUGGUGCAGGCUGUGAAGAAGGACCAGGAAGGGGACACUCCGGCCGCCUUGUCUCUCUACUGCAAGGCCCUUGACUACUUCGUGCCCGCCCUGCACUACGAAGUGGACGCCCAGCGGAAGAAGGCAAUUAAAGCGAAGCAGGUAGGGGAGUACGUGUCCCGGGCUGAGGAGCUCAAGGCCAUCAUCUCCUCCUCCAGUCAGGCCCUGCUGAGGCAGGGGACCUCUGCCCAAGACCUGCUCAGAGAGAUGGCCCGGGACAAGCCACGCCUCCUGGCUGCCCUGGAAGUGGCUUCGGCUGCCAUGGCCAAGGAGGAAGAGGCUGGCGGGGAGCAGGACGCGCUGGCCCUGUACCAGCGCAGUCUGGGGGAGCUGCUGCUGCUGCUGGCAGCGGAGCCCCCAGGCCGGAGGCGGGAGCUGCUUCACACUGAGGUUCAGAAUCUCAUGGCUCGGGCUGAAUACCUGAAGGAGCAGGUCAAGAUGAAAGAGUCUCACUGGGAAGCCGAGACCCUGGACAAAGAGGGGCUGUCGGAGUCUGUUCGUAGCUCUUGUACUCUGCAAUGACCCUGAAGGAUGAUCGGACAGAUCACCGGGAACUGGGGACGCACUCACCCCAGCUGGCCCCCAGAAUUCUGUGGCGCUCAGCAACACUAUGGAGCAGGCUUCCUGGAUGGGCAAUUCUGGGACCCCCCCCAUACCAUAGGAUCCCCAGCACCCCUUGGGAGACUCUUUAACUCCCUUGAGCGUCUAAGAGCCCACGGUGUGUGCCAGGAGCACGGGGCCUUGGCCUGGGGUGGGGAGAACUCUGGGAGAAGUGUGUUUCUGUCACGUGACUUUUGUUGGUUGCUGGUUGCUGGGCGCUGGGCCUGUUGAUUUCUGGUUUUGCUCUGAGAUGAGGGCCAGGGUCCUCUGCAGUGCACUCCUGCUCUUUUCACUCCCUGCCAGCAGGCAGCUGUGCCCACCCCUGUCUUUCCUGGGAGCCUCACCUCCCUCUGUGCACUGGAACAGGGCACUCCAAGACCCCUCAGGGACCACCCAUCCCACCAUAUGCACUCAGCCCUGCAGAACUCAACCAGUCUUCCUGGGAGCUGACCCCAGCCUACCCUCUCAACAUUUUAAGAUUAUUCUUCAUGCAUGAAAAUAAUAUCUUUGGUAGAGAUGGGGCAAAUUUGAGAAACCCAUGCCUUGUUCUUGCCCUGGUCAGGAGGGCACAAGGAGGGGGGUCCUCAAUCCUCACCCCUCCCACCUUCACCCCUCUGAGGAAUGCCUGUACUGACUGCAGAGCUGGUCCAAGCCUGGGAUGGGGAGGCAUGCGGGCUGUCUGGCCUGUCAGGCUCCGGGGGAACCAGUGAUCCAGGAGACCUGGUCCUGGGUCUGACAUGGCUGCUCCUCCAGUGUGUGACCCCAGGCAAGCUCCUUCCCCUUUCCCGGCCUGGGUUCUCCCCAUCUCUCCAGUGGGACUAUUACUCUCUCCUCAAGCCCCUACAUGGGCUUCCAGGAGAACAAAGUGUCUUUAAUCUGGAAAGAAUAUAUCUCCCUGGAGUUAUUUAGGCUUUUCUUUUCUAAACAAUCAGAGAGGGUGUUAGUGAUUGCUAAUCCUUCUGUCCUUAAAUGCCUCCUUGGGGCAAGAGUUGUCUGCCUUCCCUAUAGGAGACUGGGUGUAAAGAAUAUAAUUCAUUGUUUUUCUAUUAAAUUAUUUUCUGAA